AUGUUUGAUGAAGCCCUAUUUCCUGUGCCUAGCUACGAAGCGUUCGAGGAUGAUCAUGAUUGCGAUAUCUUUUCCGACUCGAUAUAUCCCAAUGAACGCCUCCUCAAUCUCCAUUUCGCUGACGACACGAUGCGUCGGGAAUACGCUGUUUAUAACAGGCUCGAAUAUUUGCAGGGCACACUGUUACCGCACGCCUAUGGAUCUCACGAGGUGACCCUCCCCACUGGAAGAAUGGUCAAUGGAUUCAUAAUGGAGAUUGCAAUCGGACAUACUCUAGGAUCAAUUCCUUUAGAGACAUGGCCAGAGAGUGCCCAGACGCAAUUGAUGAGACCUGUCCUGCUUGUUCACGAAACUACCUCAACAUUGUCUUGA